GUUAGCCAUCAUUUAAUAAUUUCAACAGAUAUUAUUAUUUCUGUUGCUUUUGUUGUGGGUAUUUUGUAUUAUCACUUGCUCUUUAUUUUUGGUCUCCAUUUUCUAGCAGCUUUAGUAUUGCACCAUAUCAUUUUCCAUCAUGUAAAGUUGUUUAAUUAGCUAAAGUAAAUACCUCUAUGAACUCAUUGUACGCUUAAUCAAAGAUGUUUUUGUCCGAAAUAAGUUUUUUUACUUCAAAUGGUGUUUGCAGAGCUCAAUACACUCCGUGGGAAGUCCGAAUACGAAAUAAUAUUAUGCAAAUAUUCCAACUACGGACUGCAGUGAGAGUUCACUUUAUUACCAACAUUUACGCUCUUCCGGCUAUUGCUAACAUUUCUGUAGACUGUAUAAUACUUUAGGGACCUUCAUAGUAACUUCACUAUUCUAAUUUCGUGCCACAAUAAGUCCUCAGUGGUGCAUCUAAUGGCUUAAUGCUCACUUUGAACGGACCUCCAACUUCAACGUCAUUAUCAUACUCGGAAAUACAAUCGGAAACAUAAUCUACAUGAUGUCCGCGUCACAAGGCCUAAGUAUAAUGACGUCACAAUGUUUGCACUCUUGCAGUUCCAACAUCAGUUCAAGUUCAAUGAUUUGUGUGUAGUUUUUUAUAGGUGUGGCUGCAUUCGGUCUUUGUCUCGUUGUGAAUGCUCGCUAGCGGGUACCAGGGGGCGCUGCGACACCGCCAGCUGUGUUCACGCCGGUCCGCAGUCGCGGUCCGUCAACGGGCGAAGUACCACGUGGUUACUCCACGUCCCGUAAAUCAAAAAGUUUCUUACGUCAAAUCAAUGGAUAUAACCUAACACGCGCGUUUCGCAAAUUUAUUAUAAGAUGUGAUUUAUUUGUGUUGACGUCGUGAUGGCCUGUUGAUCACUUGUAAUUGUGUGCAACAGUGACGUGCUGUGCUGUGCCAAUGAUGUGAAUAUUUUUUUCUGUGUUGUGUUGUAUAAAAAAAGGAGUUAUGAGUAUCCAAAAGUGUUUGUUGGACAACUCCAGCAGGAUGAUAAAGGCGAUGUCGACUGCUAAGUCGAGUACUAGCGAGGUGAAGAUGGGCGUCCAUAGUGGUUUGAAAAAAGUUGGUCUGGCGAUGCUGUCCUUGUCACUUCCUGAACAUAAAAAAACUACUCGCAGCUGGAUCGAGAGCACGUUUCAGAAAAGAGAGUGCAAAUAUUUCGUGCCCAGCGCUAAGGAUGAGCAUGUAUGUUGGUGCGGACUUAGCAAGACAGCGCAUGGUUCGAACACCCAGACCGCCAACCCUGGGGAGGCAUGGGUACCAGCUCGACAUACACAGUCGGCUCCAACUGAUGCCUAUGGAACUGUUGAGUUUCAGGGAGGACCACAUCCAACCAAAGCACAGUAUGUUCGACUUUCUCACGACACAAGACCAGAGUUAAUAGUGCAACUGCUAACAAGAGAAUGGGCCCUCGACCGACCGAAACUGCUCAUCACCAUCCAGGGUGGCAAAGCAAACUUUGAUCUUCAACCAAAGCUUAAGAAAGUGCUAAGAAAAGGACUGCUCAAGGCUGCAAAGACCACUGGUGCCUGGAUAUUCACUGGAGGCACUAAUACCGGUGUGACCAGACAAGUAGGCGACGCGUUGCAGUUGGAGCGGUCGCAGCGAGCAGGUAGAGUGGUCAGCAUCGGUAUCGCACCCUGGGGUAUCGUCGAGGGAGCCAACGAACUCAUCGGUAGAGGCAGAGAUGUCCCGUACCACGCGAUAGCGUCACCAAGAUCAAAACUAGCAGUUCUAAACAACAGGCACGCCUACUUUCUUCUGGUUGACAAUGGAUCAGUUGGCCGGUACGGAGCUGAGAUCGUGCUUAGGCGAAAGCUGGAGAAGUAUAUCGCGGCGCAGAAACUACAUCCAUACACACACUCAUCGACCCCGGUGGUCUGUCUAGUGAUAGAGGGCGGCACUAACACAGUGCGUGCAGUGCUGGAGUAUGUCACUGACACACCUCCAGUGCCGGUCGUCGUUUGUGAUGGCAGCGGUCGAGCAGCGGAUCUUAUUGCUUUUGUUCACAAGUAUGCUUCAGAGACAGGCGAGCAAACAGUACUGGAGUCGAUGCGGGAUUACCUGAUCAGCACCAUUCAGAAGACCUUCGAAGUGGGCAUGCAGCAAGCUGAACUGCUGUACGGGGAACUGCUGCAGUGUACUAGGAAGAAGAAUCUGAUCACGGUGUUCCGAAUCCAAGAGCGUGCUGAAGGUGGCGAGGUGCAGGAACUUGACCAGGUCAUCCUAACGGCUUUGUUCCGAGCUCAACACCUGUCUCCUAGUGAACAGCUAUCCUUGGCACUAACAUGGAACCGAGUAGACAUCGCCAGAUCCGAGAUCUUCGUGUACGGACAAGAAUGGCCGCCAGGUGCACUCGACGAGGCUAUGAUGCAGGCGUUAGAACACGAUCGUAUAGACUUCGUGAAACUGCUGCUGGAAAAUGGUGUUUCAAUGCGCAAAUUCUUAACCAUCCCUCGACUAGAAGAGCUUUAUAAUACAAAGAGUGGGCCCAGUAACACGUUGAGGUACAUUCUGAGAGAUGUCAGACCACACUUACCAAGAGGGUACGUUUAUACCCUGCAUGAUAUUGGACUCGUUAUCAACAAGCUGAUGGGUGGGGCCUAUAGAUGUUACUACACAAGACGUAAGUUCCGUCCGAUUUACGCGAAGGUGAUGAACAAGAGUGUGAACGUUCACCGGAACAGUGCCUCGUUCACCAGACACAACGCUGGUGGACUCUCCCUCAUCACCGGCUUCAUGCCUGUCACCACUGAGAUGGCGCUCUUCGACUAUCCUUUUAAUGAAUUACUUAUGUGGGCGGUAUUAACAAAAAGACAUCAAAUGGCUUUGCUGAUGUGGACGCACGGUGAGGAAGCGUUGGCCAAGUCUCUAGUAGCCUGUAAGCUGUACAAGGCCAUGGCGCACGAAGCGGCUGAGGAUGAUAUGGAGACUGAAGUGUAUGAAGAACUCAGGCAUUAUGGCAAGGAGUUUGAGAAUAAAGCGUUGGAGCUUCUAGACUACUGCUAUCGUCAGGACGACGACCAAGCGCAGCAGCUGUUGACGUGCGAGCUCCAGAACUGGUCUGGACAAACCUGUCUCAGCCUCGCCGUCGCAGCCAAUCACCGCGCGUUACUUGCUCACCCUUGCUCACAAAUCAUACUGGCUGACUUAUGGAUGGGAGGUCUCAGAACAAGAAAGAACACCAAUUUAAAGGUAAUUCUGAGCCUGCUGUGUCCGCUGUACAUUCUCCAACUGGAGUUCAAGUCGAAGGAAGAACUGCAGCUGAUGCCGCAGACCGAGGAGGAACAUCUCGAGAACGAGAGCAUCGAGGAUGAUAGAAGUACGAAGGACCCGAACGACGCUGAGGUUGGAGUUGCAAAAAGGCGUACGCUAUCUAUCAAGAAGAUAAUACCGCCUGGACAGCCGAGUAAAGCUACGAAGGCGUUGAUUGGCUCAGGGGCCGAAUGCGAAACUCGUGUCGAUCAGAACGGAAAAGUUGGUAAAAUAGGGUGGGAACCCUCGUAUAGAGAGCUGCCCGAGCCCCACGCGCCUGAAGACAAAAUGAUGAGGCCGCUGAGGCUAAAGAAGAAGAUAUACGAGUUCUUCACGGCGCCCAUCACCAAAUUCUGGGCCGAUUCGAUAGCCUACAUAUUGUUCCUAUUGAUGUUUACAUAUACAGUAUUAGUGAAAAUGGACCCGACGCCGUCUUGGCCAGAGAUUUAUUCUAUAUGUUAUAUAUUAACGUUCUUAUGUGAGAAGAUAAGAGAAAUUAUUACGUCCGAACCUGUUGCUAUUAGACAUAAGUUCAGCGUAUGGGCGUGGAAUCUAUGGAACACGUACGACGCGGGUUUCAUAAUAUUCUUCCUGGUCGGCCUGACUCUGAGGUUCAGGACCGUGUCCAUGGACGUCGGCAGGGUCAUCUACUGCGUCGAUAUUAUUUAUUGGUACUUAAGAAUAUUGAAUAUAUUGGGAGUUAAUAAGUACUUAGGUCCUCUAGUCACAAUGAUGGGUAAGAUGGUAAAAAACAUGAUAUACUUCGUGGUGCUAUUACUGGUGGUGCUAAUGUCGUUCGGAGUCGCGCGGCAAGCUAUUUUGUACCCAGACGAAGAAGCAAGCUGGCAUCUUAUUAGAGAAAUCUUCUUCCAACCGUACUUCAUGUUGUAUGGCGAGGUGUUCGCUCCAGACAUCGACCCUAAGUGCGGGAAGAACCCCGGCGAGCCCAAGUGUGUGACCGGCAGGUGGAUCUCUCCCGUCGUGAUGACCAUGUACUUGCUCGUCGCGAACAUUUUACUCAUAAACCUACUCAUUGCAGUCUUUAACAAUAUAUUUAAUGAAGUCAAUGAAGUCUCGCAUCAGGUAUGGAUGUUCCAAAGAUUCACAGUGGUGAUGGAAUACGAACAGAAGCCAGUGUUGCCACCUCCGCUGAUAACGUUAUGCCACAUAUACGCAAUAGGCAAGUGGGUGACCAGGAACGUAUCGCACAAACGGUUUCAGUACGACAACGGGCUCAAAUUGUUUUUAGAAAAGGAAGAUAUGGAGCGGUUGUAUGAUUUUGAAGAGGAAUGUGUAGAAGGAUAUUUUAGGGAACAAGAAGUUAAAUUGUCUAAUUCGAUAGAAGAGAGAGUGAGAAACACCACUGAUAGGGUAGAACAUAUCACGACCAAAAUGGAAGACUUGAAUCAAAAAGCUAAUUGCCAAAUACAGUCCGUGCAGAGUGUAGAGUUUAGGUUACGAAAGUUAGAAGACGUGGCGGAGCAGACGAUGAAUCAUUUAGCAGUGAUCCACCGGUUCAUGGCUACGCAUCCCUCUCUCGUGAACAGAGGAUCCACAGACACCCUCGGUCCUCCACCUCCUACUUUCCAAGCUGGAGGCGCCAGGCUCCGGACCGCCAGUGACCGAUCUGAGGUGCUGUCGGACAGCGACACGGGCGCGGCGCGCUUCGUCGUGCGACCGGUGCAGGAGGAGGACGAGAGGUCGCGACCCUCCGAUGAUGAAAUGCCGCAAUCUGGUCCCGAGGCUGCUGCGGAGAAAGAGCCAGAAGCUGACUCGAUAUCAACAUCAUCAGGAGAGGGGCAUGCAGGUCCUAAUAUAACCGUAGUCAAAGCGCAGCCACCCAUCACGCCAGCCCGGCAGAGGUCAUCAGACAGCAACAGGACGGAACCUAGCGAUGAGAAGAAAGAUCUAUACCUACCUCCUCGUCUAGUUGCAUCGUCGACAGAUGACGCUUUCUUGCCAGAAGUGCGCGAGGUACCUACAGAUCUACAAAGUCUUCGUCCUCGUACCACCUCUGCAGGAACCAGGCGUACUGCCAACACCAGACGGCGUUCGGAGGGUGGCAAUGACUGCGGCAUGGGAGGCCAUUACUCCACGCAGCACCUGGCGCCGCGCCGCCAACACAGUCAGACACACUCCGAGCCUGACAACUCCGCCGUCGACGCCGGCUCCGUGCACAACUCCGUCACUGGAACAAGCCGUCAGUCUGGUUGGGAAGCCACAGGCGGUGCUACCGGCAUUCCUUCAGGUCGUAGUCGAGUGGGUGGAGCACCUCGGUCUCUUCUGCUAGCCAUGCACGAGUAUACCAGCAUCACUGAUGAACUGGAAACCGUAUAUGGGUUGUUCUCACCACCACAUACACCCAGGACACCAAUCACCUCCCGCCUCCUGUCACCGGCGCGAGCAGCCUCUCCUUCAGUUCGUCGCCGCCACGCCAGCGAGAUGUCCAACCCCGAGUUCGCCUUGUUCAUGGAGAAAGAACACCUUCGAGGAGCCGAGGAAGAUGACUACAUCAUCAUGGAGAACUUGAUCCAGAGGCGCCUAGAAAUGGGUGGUCUGGACAGAUACGAGGAGGAGGAGGGCGAGGGCGGGGAGGGGGGCGACGGGGGCGGCGUCAGCGGCAUCAGCAUCAGUGUCUGCGUCAACACCAGCGCCGGGGACGACCACGCCGUGCCGCCGCAGGCUGCCUCGCAUCUCACCGUCGGCGACCGACGCCUGCCGCACCAGAGGCACUCGUUGCGUCGGUCGUCAGCUAUCGACAGUCGCGAGCUGCCGUCGCCGCUGCAGCCGCUGCUGGAUGACGACGCGUGUGGAGAAGUAUUGCUGCCGGUACCUCGACAGCCUUCUGGCGACACAAACGCUUCAAGCGAGCUGUCUCUAUCACACAUGGUGUCAGAGAGCCUGCCGCCGCGGCCAUCCAUCGUACUGGACUCCUCGCAGCUGCCGCGACAGCGCUCUGCAGACCAGCCGCCGCAGCCGCCCGGACCCGCCCGGCCUGAGACCAUGUGCUAGGACACGGUAACAAGAAGAUAGUGAAGCGUCCAAAGACCCCGCUGCUGAAGGCAACCCCAGCAGUGCAGCACUGACCUAGUGAAGUAUUAGCCAUAAUAAUUGUUAACACCAAAUACUUAACGAUAGACUUUCGACGAACUUGUAGUGCCCUUCGUAGGCCUUUUGGGACCCUUUUCAAUGUUACCUAGUUGAUACUCUCAUUCUGUGUGAUGCUAACAGACUGAAUUCAACACAAUUCUAAACUCUACCAUAUCGGAUGUCUUCAAUUACUACCUUUAUAUACUUACUUAAGGGAUUUUGUUACAUUUUGUUGUGUAAACAACUUGUCGAUUCGUUCGUAGUAUUUCAGGUUGUGUAGAAAUAUAUGAAGGAAAGCCAAGGAUACACUAGAGGACAUAUGUUCUACGACAUUGAAGCGAAGCCUGCCGAUUUCGCCCGACAUAAUGUAAUAUGGCGAAAACUCGCGGCUUCUGUCCACAGCGACGUUGAUUUUGCCAGACAUAUCGACAAAAGCGCUACUUCACCCAACGUCGCUGGCGAUACGUGGCGUAAGACAUUCGUCCCCUAGUGUAUCCUUGGGUUUAUGUCCACGACCAAUAUUCAUUGUACAGUCGCGGAGCUUAGAGAUAAGUCGUACAAACCAAUGAAUGUUGUUCACACAAUCUCUCAGUACAGCCAUCUCUUAAACCUUCAUUUCACGCUUCAAUAUCGAAGACUGUGUAUUUAACAUGGUAGGUAUUUAUUUACAAAAAAAAAAUGAACUUUGUGAAAAAUAUAUUAAGAUUCAAUUUCACUUCUAUCUUUUCUAAAUUUCUUCUUCGUUGAAAGGAUUUUAUACUUAGCUGUAAAUACGCCGUGUCGCUAUUUAAUAUAUUGUCUGUAGAUACAUGGUCCAAUGCAUGUCAUUUCGUACCCGUUUCACUUACACCGAAUCUGUAAAGUAGGAUGAUUUUAAACGAAUAUAUUCCUACUUUAAAGAUUUGUAUAGAUAUAGAAAUUAUUGUACAGAAUAUAAACGGUUCAGAAAUAAGAACUAGGGGAAAGACAAUCGACAAUACUAGUGCUCACGAUGUAUAUACUGUUGUCAGAGUUAAAGGAUAUAUAAGAGGUACUGACGUUUAUAUAAUUAGGACAUAUUGUAGUUGUAGCGGGGAGCCACGUGGACUUGUUGGACGUUCACCAGUCUACGCUUCGAGCUUUGUAUAGUGAGCACUGCCCGCGCGGGUAUUGGGUUACCACUGUUUGCUACAUAUCACACUACCACGGCAUCAUGUGGCCCCUUACAUACAUGAUCCCGUUUAUUUCGAUUCCUUCAUUUUAUUCGAUAAUUGACAAUCAAUUUUGUAUAUGAAUUUACAACGCAUUUUAAUAAUUAUACACUUCGUUCCUACCAAACGGUUCAUGAAAUAUAAUUCGAGUGUCGUCCGUGACGAAGCUAUCCAUAUUGUUUUUGUUUCGUCCCCCAAUAACGGUCAUCACAAUGUGUUCAAUUAUACCAAAUAUUUGGUGCAAAUUUUACCAUUUUUAUUAUAUUUGCAGUACAAUGAAAUAGCAUUCGUCUCUGUAUAUAAUUGUAGAACAUGAAAUAGUAUGAAGGUGAUUAUUGUAUAUUUAAUAAGUUGAUUAUACCGAGUACUGUAAUGUUAAGCAUCGAUGUAUUGUUAAGGUGAACAGAUGCAAUAAAUUAUUUUACUUUUAGUAGACAAUGACUAGGAUUUACCAUAUCUCAUGCUAGCGUUCGGUCGGGCGAUAUUAAGGAAGCAAUAAUUUUGUACGUACUACAUUUAUUUCUGAAUGCCUACAGCUGCGUAGUGUAAUUAUUCAUCUAUUUAUAUCUUACAUGGAAAAGCCAUUUGAAAGUACGUAAACACGGUAUUUACUGAAUAUUUCGCAUUCAAUGUCAACAAUACGUUGUGAUGUAAUAAAAGAGCAGUUACCGGUCGCGAUGUCCUCACCAGUACAACAAUAGUGUCGACUCGCGAGCUUUACAAUCAUACCUAACAUUGUGUUAAUGGUACUGAUAUUUCAGACGCUGCAAUGGAAAUGAAUAAUGUAUGAUAAAUAGUAGUUUGAUAAUAUUCCAACGCACACUAAAAUCGUCACACAAAAAUAUCAAUGUUAUCGUUUCCAUUCCAGCAGACUGAACAUAAAUAUUACUGUAACAAAAGGUACAAUUUCGUUUCAAACAAUAUAUCGAGUUACAUAUAACCGAGGAAUUGAGACGUUCAGUUGUAUGUAUCAAUAGUCCAAUUUUAUUCCAUAUAGUUUAUUACCUAAUAAGAAAUAUUUUACGAAGAGUAGUGAGUAAUGUAAUUGUACAUAUGUGUAAAUGUUAAAGUUGUUAUUUUUUACCAAAAUGUUGUGAGAGCGAGCCGAGCGCCUCCGACCUGUCGACGCUUCACCCGCACAAACAUUUAAUCAUCAUUUUUAAAUCUUUCAAUCAUCUUUGUCUCUAGCACAACGUUUUAAUUAUUCAAGACAAAACUUGUCCUUAUUGGGAUACCUUUGGGAUAUUUUAUUCUAGACUCGAUUCGUUCAAUAUUUUUCAGAGUGAUAAAAUCUACUUCAUCUGAGUUGUAUCUAUAAAGUAUGUACAAUGGUAAAUAAAUAUUAUAUUUGUGAUA